AUGUUCUCGUCAACACUGCGUGCGAUGCGAGUCAGGGAUGCCCGGAAACAGGCCAAAAUGUUCGAAAAUGCAUUUGAACGGGCGAUGGAACUGGCCAGCCCUGAAGUGAUAACCGAGUUUGCUGCCUCCAAUCUGGAGGUGUCAUAUGAUUCCGACUGGGAUCUGGAAGAGGGUGCAGAAGAGAACAUGGAGUUUUGGGAUGAUCCACCUGUACGCGAAUCCGAAAACGGUUCGAAAAGCGGGAAAGGGAAAGAACCGGAGGAACGUCUGCCAUUCGUCUAUCAGCCACCUCAUGAGAAUGAUCCCGCGGACCAGCGUUCAGAUAUCAACACUCUCCUAUGGUUACUUGCUGCCACAGAUGUCGAAUCCGAUCAAAGCAGACGCAAUACACCAAGAACGGAACCCAGCAGCAGCUCAGACGUAUCCAUGGGUGAUGCCGAGGACCUUGAACAACGCGAUACAGAGAUGGCAGACAUACAAGCCGAACCAGGGACUCAAAGUUGCAAGCGAGAGGGCAUAUCAGUCACAGAAAAAUUGACCCUAGGCAACCCACUCGAGGCAGAAGCCGAUAUACCAAUGAAUGACGCACUGUCGGCAACGAGUCAAGGAGAUUCUGGAAAGAGAUUUCCCCCAGGAGUUUAUAUCGAACACGUGGAGAAUGUUGAGAAUGAUGGAGGCUUGGAGCGGAAAGAAGACGACGGAUCGCUUGAAGCGGCACAGCUCGAGAGUUCAUCCGAAUCUGCCAUGGCACAAAAUGAUGAUCAACAGCAAGUGGAGUGCCCCAGCAUGGAGAAGAGACCUUCCGCUAUCUCGGUCGAGUUUUUGGAGGGCAUCUGGCAUCAUUAUCACGAGCUGCAAGAGUUUUGCGAAUGGGAAGAGGCGCACGAGUGGAAUCGAAAGAACCUUCGCAAAAUGCUCCGAGAACCCUUGAAUGAUAGUCGAGCCCGCCAUCGACAGCGCUCUCCGAUGCCAUACCCCCGGUAUGGACGAUCGAGAAGCCCGUUGGGAGUCACCGUGAUGACAGAGGGGGUUGAAGAAGACAGACAGUCGGCGUACGCGGCAGAGAAUAUGAAGUGGUAG